AUGGAUGAAACAAAUAAAAUUCGUAUACAACAAAAUCAGCAAAAGCUCAAUUUAGGCCAAAGAUUGGAUUUUGUUGGUGAGAAUGCAACAAAAAUACUUUCAUCAAUCGACUCUUUAGUGUCAUCAUCCGUGGAUUCAAUUGAUUAUAGCAAUAAAAAUUCCAAACUCAAAUUGGAAAAACGACCAAAUGUGCAACAACCACAGCAAAUCAAAAAGCCAAAAAAUGAAGUCAAUUGGAAUCACAGCAAGUGCCCAAGUUAUCCUAAGCAUAAGAUUUUACCAACUAGAAUCAUAUCUUAUGGAAAUUUCAAAGGGUGUACCGAUACAAGGAGAUUCCAAUGUUUUAACUCAAAAUGUAAUGUUAACUUUAAUGAAUUUACAAAUUGUAAGUAUUGCAAAUAUAUGCCUUAUUUCCCGUCACCAUUGAAGAAUAGUUUUCUGUGUGAUACUGAAAAUAAGGAAAACAAUUAUGAAAAGUUAAUUCCGAAUCAUAACUUUCUUGAUGGUAAAUCAUGGGGCAGUGAUUAUGACGAAUAUUAUAACAAAGCUCGAAAAGGUCCAAAAUUAAAUAAACAAUUUGCAUCAAUAAAAAAUUCAAACUCACAUCCUGUUACUCAAACAUCAACAGAACAACUUAAUAAUCUAAUCACAAAUAAUCAAAAUCAAAACAAUGAAGACUCCAUAAAAUUCUCACCAACUUAUAAGUAUUCAAGAUCAAGGAAAUUUAGAUAUACCAAUCCAGAACCAGAAGUUAAAUGUUUGGAAUCCAAAACACAAGAAAAUGGAUCAUCAUCAGCUAAAGUGGAACAAAUAAGUGAAUCAAAUGAUGAUGUUGAAAAUAUUUCAACAAGAAAAACCAGUUUUCACAAUUCAAAAUUUUACGAAAAUUUAACUGAUCAUUUUAAAAAAAACACUUGGAUUUCUUCUGCUUCAACUGAAGAGGCCCAAACCAAAUUAAAAUCUAAUGAAUAUAACACUUUGAAAGCUUACAACAAUGGUAAACAAAAUGGUAAAAGAAGAGGCAAAAAGUUGAGUUUCUUAUCCAAAAUACAAACUUGA